UCUUACCCCAAUUUUCCUUUCUCUAUAUGUCCACUCCCACCCCCAACCCCAACAUUCAACGCCUCAAAGAAUAAGCAGCAAAAACAGGACUUCUCAACUGAUAAUUACUCAUUAUGUGGAUAUCUUUGAACGACAAAUUUCUCUCUCUCUCUCUCUUUGUGAAGAAUAAGGAUGUCAAUUAGGCCAAGUUGCUGACAAGUAAUUAUCCCUACCCUCAAUUGUUACUCGUAAAUCUGUCCACUACGUGAAUUCUCACAGUGAUUAGUCUAUUUCUUUCUUUGACGUCAUAAAUUCUCCUCCAACCCCUGUUUUGCUCUGUUUCUUUGCUUCCACCUGAAUUUUCGUACUGAUUAAAAUCCAUGGCCACUCUCAAAAUUUCUUCUCUUCUCUGAAUAUGGCUUCUUUUUCUCGGUUCCUCUAUCAAAAUCUUUUUUUGUCGCUUACUACCGCGUUUGCCUCUGUUUCCACCUAUUUGUCUCCUCUGUUCAGCUUCAUCACCACUUUCUUCCGCAGAUUAAGAAGGGGUAAUCCUUCAUUAAACAAGAAUUCAGGCUUUAAAGAAGAGUAUCAGAAAGAAGCUGAUUUUUCAGAGGCAGAACAGCAGUUAGAUUCUGAGUCUGAAGCUUUUAAGGAUGCUUCUGAAUUCCCAGAUUCGGAAAAUAAUGGGGAGGUACAAAAAACUGAGUUGAGUUUUACAUUUAGAUUUCCAACCUAUGAAGAAUUUUGUAAGAGCAGGGGAGAAAAAGGUGAAUUUCUUAGCUCUAAAUGGAUGCCCUCCACGUGUAACCAUAAGUCCCUCACAGAAACAGAGGUUGUUGAAACAGAGGAUUUGAAAGAAGUUCAUAGUAAAAGUGAAUCCUUUAAUGAGGAAGAAAAAGGGAAUUCAGGUAAUUUAACGUGUGAUGAAGAGGAAAUGCAGAAAAGUGAAGGACUCAAUUCCGUGAAAGGAGAAUCAAAUAUUAGUGAUGAGUUUCUGUUUGAAUCUGAGAAGGAUUCUUUAACUGAUUCUGAUACUGUGUCAGUUGGUUUUGAGCAUAUUCGUUACCUUAUGAACAAAUUAGUUGAUCAGUAUAGUGAUGGCUUCUUGACUGGUGAAGACUUUGGUGGUGAAUUUGAGCAUAAUGAAAAACUAAGUGAUUUUGAAAUGUCAGAGGAAAAUCAAGAAUCUGAAGAUUCUGAUAGUGAUAUAAUGGAAGAGCUAAGGAAAUUAGAACAUGAUCAAGCACAACAAUUUUUAUCUGAGGAUGAUUUUCAAGAAACUGUCAAGUUAAGAAAUGAAGAUGCAAACAAAUUGGAGACGUUGUGGGAACAUCAAGAAUUAAUUGAACAAUUAAAAAUGGAACUUAGGAAAGUCAGAGAUAUGGGUUUGCCUACUAUUUUGGAAGAAUCAGGGUCUCUAAAAAUGGAAGAUUUGCAGCCAUGGAAAAUUGAGGAAAAGUUUCAACGUGAAGAUUGCAUGAGUGAACUUCAUAAGUUUUACAAGAGUUAUAGAGAAAGGAUGCGCAAAUUUGACAUCUUGACGUACCAGAAGAUGUACGCAAUAGGUUAUCUGCAGAAAGAUCCAAUAAAUGAUCCAUUUCAACAUAUCUCAAGCCAGAGAUGUUCAGGUCCUAAACUAAAAUCCCUUAUUUCACAAAAUAUUCGGCUAUUGAAGCAUAAAAGACAUGACAAUAUUGACCCAAUGGUAAAGUUUAUCAAAGUAUUGCAGAGUGAUCUUGAAGUCAUAUACGUUGCACAGAUGUGUCUUUCUUGGGAAUUUCUGCACUGGCAAUAUGGGAAGGCUUUAAGUUUGUGGGAUUCUGAUCCUCGUGGUGUCCGUACAUAUAAUGAAGUUGCUGGAGAGUUUCAACAGUUUCAAGUUCUCUUGCAAAGAUUUAUAGAAAAUGAACCUUUUCAAGGGCCUAGAGUUCAAUAUUACAUCAAGAGUCGAUAUGAUCUUCGUAAUCUUCUUCAAGUUCCUGUCAUAAGAGAGGUUGAUGGGGCAGAGGACAGAAUGAAAGAUAAAAACAAGGCUAGAGCUGGAGAAAAGGCUGAUUAUUUCAUAACAAGUGACAUGCUAGUGGAGAUACUGGAAGAAUCAAUUCGAAUAUUUUGGCAAUUUGUUAGAGCUGAUAGAAAUUGCUCCAACAUGAUGGUGAAGGGUCAAAAUAGGAAACGUCAAGGGCUUCAAGCACCAGAAGAUUUGGAGCUUUUAAUGGACGUCAAAAAAAGUCUUGAAAAGAAAGAAAAGAAGCUGAAACAUGCUUUGAGAGGUGAAUGCUGCAUACUGAGGAGGUUCAGGAAGCAUAAGGAAGAAGAUGAUUCAGAUCAUGUACUCUACUUUUUCUCUCAAGUAGACAUGAAAUUAGUAGCUAGAGUCCUUAACAUGUCUAGGCUAACAACAAAUCAACUAGUCUGGUGUCACAACAAAUUAAAAAAGAUUAGUUUCGUGCACCGGAAAAUACAUGUAGAUCCUUCUUUUUUGCUCUUCCCUUGUUAAUAUUAGUCCUCUUUUUUUCUUUUCCCGGAGGGUAUUAUCCUUUGGAGUCCAUCUUUUCUGUGGAAAGUUUUGUUUAUUUGAAAUUGUAGAGAAUGUCUUUUUGAUAUGAAAACUUUUAAUUUUCUGACAACAACUUCUAGUUCCAGAGGGAACAAGCUGACUCCAACAAC